UCAGCGUGACUGGUCAGUGUGAAACAGCGAUUGCCGGCGAUCAGUUCGUGUGAUAUUUUCGGCGCUCGUUCAGCUAGUUUUUGCGUUUCUCAGCGUUUCAGGAGCGGGGCCUCCGGCACACCGGAAAUGCGCAUUAUAAAAUUCAUGCUACCCACCGGAUUCGUGCACUUAGCCCGAAAUUUCGCAGUUGCGGCAGCGAUGAGCGGAAACAAGGAUUACAAGUCGGCCACGUCGAUUUACGACUUCACAGCGAACUCCAUCAGAGGAGAGGAAGUCCCUUUGUCCAAAUAUGAAGGCCACGUGUGUUUGAUCGUAAACGUCGCCUCGAAAUGCGGCCUCACGCCGACGAAUUACAAAGAACUCAACGAACUGUACGACGAGUACGCCGAAUCCAAAGGAUUACGAAUUCUAGCAUUCCCCUGUAACCAGUUCAACGGGCAGGAGCCGGGAAAUAGCGAGGACAUUUGCAGCUUCGCCGAUCGUCAGAAAGUAAAAUUUGAUUUGUUCGAGAAAAUCGACGUGAACGGAAAUAAUACGCAUCCUCUGUGGUCAUAUCUGAAGAAAGAACAAGGUGGCCUGCUAGGUAACUUCAUAAAAUGGAACUUCACCAAGUUCAUCGUCAAUAAGGAGGGCAAGGUCGUCGAACGACACGGCCCUAACGUGGAUCCCCACAAGCUGAAGAGUUCUCUCGAGAAAUAUUUUUAAAUCGUUUCUUUUCAUAUGAUUUUCUAAGGUAGAUAUUCCUUGUAGUUGGGAUGAAUUAAAUGUUGGAUUUUACAUAAUGUAUCAGUAGAUUUUCGAUAUCUCUGCGUACGUAUAUAUCUAAAUAUAAAAACAUAUUUUUUUCCCUCUUAUACAUUACAACAAGCUAUUUUUGAGUACUUUUUCGAGGUAUUUACACAUCAGGUAUGGAUAUAUUUUAUGUUACGUAACAUGAUGUAAUGUGAUUAUGAAUUGUUUAACUGGAAAUCAAUAUUACGUAUAUAUUUGCACAUUCCUUAUCUUUAUACAUUCAUAAAAGUUCUAUUUAAGACAAAUCCUCAAAUUUAAUAUUAGCUUUGCUUCUAUGUAUACCACUUACUACUAAAUUACAUCACUGAUAUUAAUUUUGUCUCUUGUUCUUCAUCUCUCUCUCCUAUAAUAAUUAGCAUCAAUUAUUACCUACACAGGUUUGUACCGGCAAAAUUACAAUUUCGACAUGUGUGCUAUGUUUGGCAUCAUGUUAUUAAAGGUACUAAGAUAUUAGAUGAUUAGACUUAAAUCCGAAAUAUCUUGUUAUAACACAAAGCUAUUUUACAAUGGUGUAAGAAAUAAAUAAAACUGUUUCAUGGA